AUGGAGAGCCAAUUGGCUCAAAUUGCACAGCAAGUUGGAAGUUCAUCCUCCAAUCCUAGUGGUCACUUUCCAAGCUCAACGGUAUUGAAUCCAAAGGAGCAAGCUAAGGCUAUUACUUUGAGAUCGGGAAGAGGUUACGAGGAUCCGGUUAUGAGUGAAGAGGAGCCACAAAAGAGAGAUGAGGGAGUUGUGGUGAGAAGUGAGGAUGAUAUCGAAAAUGAAGUAGUUGAAGUUGAGAGAAAAAAGCAACAAAAGAGUGAUGAGGGAGCCACAAAGAAAGAUGAGGGAGAUGAAGAAAGAAUAGAAAGGCCCCUUAUGAGAGUAUAUAAGCCCCCCAUUCCGUUUCCUCAUAGAAUUGUAGAGAAAAAGUUGAAUGAGAAGUUUUCAAAAUUUCUUGAAGUCAUGAGAGGACUUCAAGUGAACAUCCCCUUUCUUCAUGCUAUGUCACAAAUGCCUACCUAUGCAAAUUUUUUGAAGGAUCUUCUAUCCAACAAGAGUAGGCUUGAAGAGAGUGCAACCAUCUCCCUUCCUAAGGAGGUGAGUGCAAUCAUUCAAAACAAGCUUCCCCAAAAGCUUGGUGACCCCGGUAGCUAUGCAAUACUGGUGAAAAUUAGAGAUUUGGAGACUAUGGAUGCUUUGUGUGAUCUUGGGGCAAGUGUGAGCUUGAUGCCCUAUUCUAUUGCAAAGAGCUUGAAAGUUGGAGACUUGAAACCAACAAGAAUGUCCUUACAACUAGCCAACCGCACGGUUAGGCUACCUUUGGGGAUUCUUGAAGAUGUGCCGGUUCAAGUUGGAAGAGUAUAUGUGCCAUGUGAUUGUGUGGUAAUGGAGAUGGAAGAAGAUACAAGAGUACCCCUCAUUUUGGGGAGACCAUUUCUGAACACCGCGGGAGUGGCGAUUGAUAUGAAGGAAGGAAGAUUGACUUUGAAUGUGGGAGAUGAGAAAAUUUCAAAUUCAUUCUCACAAACUUUGAAAAAGCCAUUGAUUGAUGAGGUUCAUAGAAUUGACACAUUGGAGAGGGACUUAGAAGAUUUCCGAGAAAGAUUGUGUGAAAGAGAUCCCUUACAAGCUACCCUAACGUGA